GUCCAUUGAGCCGCAUAUGGUGAACAAUCUGCGGUCCUUUAGCACCGCCAAGGAGAUGUGGGAUUAUUUGAAGCGCAUCUACAACCAAGACAACAAUGCAAGGCGGUUUCAGUUGGAGUUGGAGAUUGCAAAUUAUAGCCAAGGUAAUCUUUCCAUUCAGGAGUAUUAUUCUAGUUUUCUUAAUCUGUGGAACGAGUAUACCGGAAUCAUUCAUGCUAAGGUGCCAAAAGAAGCCUUGUCCGCUAUUCAAGAGGUUCAUGCAACCAGCAAACAUGAUCAAUUUUUGAUGAAACUUAGGCCAGAAUUUGAAGUUACUAGGGCUGCGCUAUUAAACAGAGAUCAUGUUCCCUCUUUGGAUGUGUGUCUUGGUGAAUUGCUUCGUGAGGAGCAACAGACUCUUACCCAGGCUGUUAUGGCACAAGAGAAGCUGUCCUCAGAUGUUGUGAAUGUUGCAUAUGCUGCUCAAGGGAAGGGAAAGGGCAAGGACAAGGUCCAGUGCUAUUGCUACAAGGAAUUCGGCCAUAUUGCUCGCAACUGCAACAAGAAAUUCUGCACUUACUGUAAGCAGUCCGGGCACAUCAUUAAGGAGUUUCCUACGCAACCUUAGAAUCGCCGAGCCAAUGCUUUUCAAGCUGCGGUCAGUUCUGCUUCUGUGGAUCAGUCCGCAAGAAUCACAUCUGCUGCAGACACAUCAGCAGGUCCUAACCAAGUUGUUCUUACCCCAAAGAUGGUGCAACAGAUGAUUAUCUCAGCCUUUUCAGCAUUGGGACUUCAAGGUAACGGUUCAGGAUCAAGUGUCGGGGAAAAUGAUCGCGAAGGGGCCUAAAGUUGGAAGAUUGUUUCCUCUGCAUUUUACUCUUCCAAGCCUAUUGUCUUUGGCUUGUACUGCUGCAACAAAUCAGAGAGUGAGGUUUGGCAUAAAUGCCUAGGCAAUCCUAACUCUCUUGUUUUGUCUCAUUUAGUGAAGCAUGGUUUUUUGGGCAAUAAAGAUCAGUUCUCUUCUUACAGCAUGUCUUUUGAUUGUACUGCUUGUAAACUUGGAAAAAGCAAAACUCUAUCUUUUCCUAACAUGGUAGUUGAGCUGAAAAAUGCUUCGAUAUUAUUCAUAGUGAUGUUUGGGGCAUUACUCCUAUAACAUCUCAUGUCGGAUAUAAAUAUUUUGUGACGUUCAUUGAUGAUUAUACUCGUUUCACUUGGGUGUAUUUUCUCCACUCCAAAUCCGAAGUAUUUUCUAUUUUUCAGACCUUUGUGGCUUAUGUUGAGACUCAAUUCUCAACAUGUAUUAAAGUAUUAAGGUCUGACUCAAGCGGAGAAUAUAUGUCUCAUGACUUUCAGGCGUUCUUGCAUCAAAAAGGUAUAAUUUCUCAGCGAUCUUGUCCUUAUACACCUCAGCAAAAUGGUGUUGCUGAACGUAAGAAUCGCCAUUUGUUGGAUGUUGUUCGCACCUUGUUGCUUGAAUCCUCUAUUCCUUCUAAAUUUUGGGUUGAAGCUUUGUCUACUGCAGUUUAUUUGAUUAAUCGACUGCCUUCUCAAAUUUUGGACUUUGAUUCCUCUUAUUAUCGUCUCUAUGGCAAGCAUCCUGGUUAUAAUCAGUUUCAUACUUUUGGAUGUGUUUGCUUUGUUCACUUACCUGCUAAUGAACGUCACAAACAUGCUGCCCAGUCGGUUCAGUGUGCCUUUAUGGGUUAUAGUAUUGCUCAAAAGGGUUUUGUGUGUUAUGAUGCUCUACUAACUGACUUCGUGUCUCUAGAAAUGUAGUUUUCUUUGACAAUCAGUAUUUCUUUCAGUCCAAUGUUGCCUCAUCUUCUGAUCUUGCCAUGCUUCCUAGCUUUGAUGAUAUAUAUCAUUCUAUUGAGCGCUUCAAACCAAAUAUUGUGUACAAGAGACGUCGGCCAUCUCAGCCCCUUCCCGAUACUGAUCCACCACCUGAGCCUGCAGUCCCUGCGCCUCAGAGGUCCACCAGAGCCUCCCAUCCACCAGAUAGGUAUGGAUUCUCACAUACAUCACUCAAUGUGACUCUGUCUACCAUCCAUCACGAUUCCUACUUGUUAUUCCCAGGCAAUUAAGUAGGAAUGUCGGAUGAAGGCCAUGCAAGAUGAGCUUCAAGCUCUACAAGAGAAUCACACUUGGGAUAUUGUUCCAUGUCCUUCUGAUGUUAAAUCCAUUGGCUGUAAAUGGGUGUAUUCAGUGAAGCUACGUCCUGACGGGACUGUGGAAAGAUAUAAGGCUCGGUUGGUUACUCUUGGUAAUAGACAGGAAUAUGGAGUAGAUUAUGAUGAGACUUUUCCUCCGGUGGCUAAAAUGACUAUAAUACAAACAGUUCUUGCCAUUGCUGCUUCUAAAGGUUGGGCCCUACGACAAAUGGAUGUUAAGAAUGCUUUUCUGCAUGGUGAUCUCAAAGAGGA